CCGACCGAUUACUCACCUAAGUCAUUGUGCUGUCCUCCAGCCCUUCUUCAGCAUUGCAUUACAGCCAAUGAUCCCGGCGGUGCCUCGCCCCCCUCCAAAACAUUAAAGCAAAAAGCCAAGAAAAGAGGAUCGCCCCGGCGCUGAAAAUCACACCUUAGCUUCUUCCUUAUGUAUUAAAGCUUACUCCUAGUCCGGACAUCCGGUCAAUGUGGUUUCUUUGUGCUCGUAGUCGUUGCUAUCGCUGCUGCCGCUACUCGUUAGCCAGCCAUGCCGAUGGCUUCUGCGACGCCGCUUCCUUCGGGAGUGAAUCCUCCUCUCACGACGGAUAACGAUGACAAUCAUGGCGGGUUGGUUGUGAUCAUGACCUCGUUGGCGUUGGUUCUGGUUCUAGCUUCUCUUGCGGCUCGGAUCUUUUCGGCAGUUCAGAGACAUAUCUUCCAACGAGAUGAUCUUUUAUUUGGCAUCCUUGUGGUUGUGUCGAUUGUCCAAAUAGCAGUGGUUUUUUGCCAGGUCCACCAAGGCUGGGGAGUUCGGACAGAAUUUCUCACUGUUACACAUGACCCGAUGCUCAAGACCGCAUAUGCGGCGGACGUUCUCUCCGUCUUCGUUCUGGGGAUAUCCAAAAUUACCUCCUGCUUAUUCUACGAAACCCUCUUCUCACAAAUGAAUCUUCGGCUUAUUCGGGGCAUUCUCGCUAUCAUGGUUACUUGGACGGGUUUGUCUGUAAUUCUACUGGCCGUUCGCUGCAGUGAUAAACCUUGGUACGACAUAAGCGAUGCUCAGUGCAGUAGCCUGUUCCCCCGCUGGAUCGCGAUUACGGUCUUCGAUAUCGUGACUGAGAUCCUGCUAUUCUUAUACGCCGGACUUGCAAUCCACAAGAUCCAAAUAUCGUUACGCAAGAAAAUCAUGGUGGGAGUGACUCUGGAAAGUCGUGUCCUACUUAUCCCCCUCGCCGGUAUUCGACUGUACUACGUGAACAAACAGAUCAUUUCGAGCGACCCAAUCCUCCUCGGAGCAUACUCCACGAUCACCACCGAGAUAUACAUUGCAAUGAGCGUCGUCUGCCUUAUAUCCGCAUUCCUCAAAUCCUUCAUCGCGGUCUUCGAGGACAAAAACGGCCUUUCCUAUACGGACGGAACGUCCGGGUCUCGAUCGAGAAAAUCAAAACAAUUUGUCUCGGCGAGUACGGCAUCCCCAUCGAGUAAGAUGGGGCCGCAUAGCUCGGCGAGUGCGGAUCGAUUGAAGGGAUGGGAGCGAGAAGAAGAUCCGAUUAUUGAACAGGGUGACGGGCGAGGCUUGCAGAUAUUGAAAACGGUGCAUCUUGAUGUGCGAGAUGAAUCUAUAGAAUUGGCGGAGCAGGGGGCUGCGAGUACAAGUUCACCUGGAUGAAAUUGGAGUGAGAGUUCGGAACUGUAUGGUAAAUAUAAUAUGACCGAUGUGAAAUAGAAGGCGCUCUAGGUUGGUAAUUGCCGUGGGAACUGGCGCUCUGUUGCUCCGAAAGUGAGACAUGCCUAACAAACUUAGCCGAUAGAAAUCUAAAGCUCUUGUUGAAUUGGGAAAAGAUGGGAGUAUUUGCAUUCUGUACAAGGGUUGUUAUUGUUACACCAAAAAUUUCAACGCCAUAUCCGAGGAGACUUUUUCGAGUUUUCUCCAGCAACAGUAUUAAUGCCAAACGGAGUCAUGCAGAGAAAAGAAAUGAAAGGGAACCAGAUCAGUGUUGGCUCCACUCGAUCGUGUUCAGAUCAAUGCCCUCCUGGACCAGCUCCCAAAGAGGACUUAACUCGCGCAGGAAGCUCACACGGUCCUGGACAGCCUUGAGGACGUAGUCGAUCUCGGCGUCGGAGGUGAAUCGGCCAAUACCGAAGCGGAUACUGCUAUGGGCGCUCUCGUCGCUGCUGCCCAGGGCACGCAGGACGUAACUGGGCUCCAGGGAAGCAGAAGUACAAGCGCUACCGGAAGACAGGGCAAUGUCCUUGAGGGCCAUCAGAAGAGACUCGCCCUCGACAUACGCAAACGAGAUGUUCACACAGCCAGGGUAGUGGUGCUCGGGGUCACCAUUCAGGGUGGUGUGCUCCAUUGCGAGCAGGCUCUCGGUAAGGCGCUUGGACAAGCGUUCGACGUGCUUGGUGUCGUAC